AGUGAGCUGAUCAAGGAAGGUGUCCAGCUGAUACCGUACGGGCGCCUGAUAAUGUGCGGGCCGGGCCGCACAGGCAAGAGCAGCUUCCUGCGAUCCCUCUUGCGUCAAGCAUUCAUGUCAAAGGUCGAUAGUACCAUCGGUGUGGAGCUGGAGAAGGUGAUGUGCACGAUCGAGAAGCAAGGGUUAAAGUAUGUCUGGAAGCAAGCUGAAGAUUCUUACCAGCAGCAGUUGGCCCUGACGCACAGAGCUGUUGGACAAGAGCAAAGGAAGAAAGAGAUAGUAGCAGCUCUGAGACAACGAGGUGUGGAGAUCCCAAAGAACACCAGGUCCACAUCCUCCAUGCCAUCAACACCCAUAACAUCACAAUCCGCUGUGAUUGAGACUGAACAAGCAGAUACAGCCAGUGUGUGUGAAUCUGCUAUCAGCCAACGUGAUGAAGCCACCCACACCGGGUACUCUGGUCAAUCAGCUACCAGUUCAUCCGAAACCAUGGACUCUCAGAAUGUUCCCACUGCAUCCAAGCCGGAGGAGGUCUCAACCAUGAGUGUAGAACAGGUAGCAACAGCAGAGCAAGAUGUGCAGCAGCUACAGACGGAGAUCAACUCAGCCACGCUGAAGUUUGAAGGCUUCCUUGAAGAUCUGAAGAAAGGCAAAAGUGAAGUUUUCACUGCAGAGCAUCUGAAGAACCUGACAUUCAUAGAUGUCUGGGACUUUGCUGGUCAGAAGCCGUUUGCAGCCAUCCAACACAUGGUCCUGGCCUGUGAUCGGUGUGCAUAUGCUGUCGUCUUUGAUGCCUCAAAGAAGCUCCAGGAUAGAGCGAAGCCGACGUUUGGUGUAGACGGUGAGGAACUGCCGCUUUCCAACAGCCUGGAGCAGACCAACUUUGAUGUGAUGGAGACGUGGUUCAACACUAUCCACGAGGUUAUUGGAGACAGCGACAACGUACCCGUGUUCGCCAUUGGCACACAUGUGGACAAGUUACCAAAGAAUCCAGAAGCAAGGAAGAAGACAACUGAAGAGAUAAAGAAGUACAUAUUGGCCAAUGCAGAUGGUAAGGCCUAUGCAAACGACAUUGACAAGGUGGUAUUUGUGGACAACACACGAGCUGGCAAGGAUCCAGAAGACCCAGCAGUUGUUCAGCUACGGCAAGACAUCGUCCAGCAGCUGCAGCAUCAGUUCAGCGUUCCCAUUCCACUUCGUUGGCUUCCUGUAACUAUCUCCAUUGGGCACAUUGCAAAAUCAUUUGAACGACCAUGGUUAUCGGUUGACGAGCUACGCCGCUUGGCCAUUGCUGUUGGCAGCAUCUCCAGUGAGGAUUUGGAGUCCGAUUUCCAGGAGAUGGUGAAGUUUCACCGUGGUCUUGGUCAUUUGCUUCACUUUGUUCACAAUGCCCGUCUUCGUGAUCGUGUGAUCAUUGACAUCCACUGGGUUCUGAAGACGAUGUCACUGCUCUUUUGUCCUGAACCAAAGGAUAUGCAGAGCAAGCGUCUACGUCCACAAUACGAUUUGCUGACUCAGGAUGGCAUCCUCCUUGAAAGCCUGGCCAUGCACCGCUGGUCACAGCACAAUCGUAUGACAUCACGCUACACGGCCACAGAAGAACAGCGUGAUUUCCUGUUUGAGAUGGGUGAGCACUUUGCCCUGUUCUACAACACCAAGACAACUGUGAGCGUGCCUGGUCAGAGAAAGGAGGUGACAACUCGCAAGUUCUUUGUACCAGCUCUGGUGGAGCGAGUUGCGCGUCUUCAAGAUGAAUUGAGCAAAGGCAAGCCAAGUCCAGCUAUGUACCUGUAUAGUGGUGCAGAUCGUUACUUUCCACAAACCCUGUUCUGGUGUGCUGUUGUGAGGUGUAUGCAACGCUACAGUCCAAAGGUGGAUCCAAUCCUCUAUCACACAUCGGCACGCAUUCUGGUGAAGGAUCGCUUCUGGCUGGUCAUGCAGUAUUUCCACCAUGGCAUUCGCCUGUCACUGGAGAUUCCUGUCGCAGCUGGCAAGGCUAAGUCUUCUUCUACUGAUGCUGUCACUCGCGUGGACAAGUCAAUUGGCUCUCCUGGCGUUGGCACUGCAGCAAGCGAGGAUGAGUCCGCUGCAGUCAAGCUUUGUCAUGAGCUUCUGCCGUACCUGGAGUCGGAGCUCGAAAAGCUGAAGGCAUUCUCCCUGACUCAUGUGAAGUUCAGCAGAGCUGUUCGCUGUCCAUGCUCGUUCAGCCGAGAUGCAUGUCGCAAGCACAAGAAGAAGGGUUGUGCAGAGAUUGGCUGUCAGCACUUUGCUCCACUGGUGGAGGGAUUACGUCCACGUUGCACUAUCGGAGGACGCCCAGAAGUGGAUAUCAGUGAUGUACGCCAAUACUGGCCAUGCUUUGCCAAAGACACACAGACCGCAGAGCUUGCUGAUCCGGAGAAGCCAAUGCCGGCAAUGCCAAUGACAGUUGUGGAGCCCGCAGUGAAGGACAAUGAAGUUGCAGCAACUGCCCAGAAGCCCGCGGCUGUGCCAAAGAGAGCUACAGCCUACCAGCAAGUGCUGUGCAAGCAUUAUGCUGCAAUACAGAGUAGCUUAGCUAUCAAUGUGAUGGACUGUGUCAAGAGCUUGCGUGCAGAAGGUCACCUCAGUACCGAAGUCGUCAUGGAAACCAGAACCCUGCAGAAAUCAGCAGGGCAAGAUGAGACUCUAGAUCACAUGUGUGCUCUUCUGGAGAAGCUCCCCGAUGACGGAAUGUGCUUCUUUGUUGAAGAUAUCCUGCCGUCGCAAGGUCUGUCACAGCUCGUGGAGACAUUCCGUGUGUGUCCUGGUCCUGGAAAGUGUUCACUACAUCGCAAUGACCUGCAUCCUGUAUCAGUGUGUUCCGGUGACAAGACACUGUUCAUGCAGACUAGUGUUGAUGCCUCCCAGACUGGUAAUGUCAAGAGUAGUCAACUUGAGACUGGGAUGUCUGAUCUGCUCCAGGAAGUGCUGCGUUCAAGCUAUGUGGAAUUGAAGCGUAGCUUGGACGUAGAAGAGGGCAUUCUGGACCGUCUCUAUGCAGAGAGCAUCAUCACCCAGCGCUUCUGCAAGAAACUCCGUGCUAUGGAUGAUCGUGAAGAUCAGGCAACUGUCUUCUUGGAAGCACUGCCGGGCUGUGGCAAGCAGGCGUUCCGUCAGUUUGUGUCCGCUCUGAAAGAGAGUGAGAAGCUGGCCCACCAGGAGCUGGCUGAUCUCCUAAAGGAGAAGCUGCUGGAGAUGACACCCGGUCUGUGAAGGUUACUCUGCUGGUGGACCCACCAUGAGCUGCUAUGUACCCACAAUGAGCUGUAUCAGUGAAUGGUGUGUGCAGACUCUACUGAACGGUCGUAAUGUUUCUGAUCAAGUGUGUUCAGGUAUUCCAAGACCUCUUUCCAGUUGAGUUUCUUUUAUGGCAUCUUGAGCUCUUGGCUAAAAUUGAAUUAGAUUUUACUUUAUGCUGUGUUAUUGCUAGAAUAAUCUCGUAGUGAAAUGAUGGACAAUGCAAGUAAUGUUCCUACGGAUGCUGAAAACUCGGCCUCUAUAUAGAGAAACCGAGUCUCACGCGACCCAUGAAAAAAAUCAAAUUAUUUAAUAUCAUUAUCCUAUGCUUUGUUGCACGGAAAUGUGAUCCCUUUUAAGAUACACUUUAAGCUGCUCAGCUGCGCUGAAGAGCCUAACUGUUGGCGCCUUGAUAAUAAUUAUGAUUCUAUGAGUUUAUUGAUUUUAAAACCUUUUUAUGCUGUUUCUCUGCACAUGGUUCAACAUUGCAAGCCUACUGUAUGUUUCAUGAUUUCAAUACUAUCGGAUAUCCUUGAUUCACCUUUCCUUUUAGCAGAUAGUUUUUUUCUCUCUUGAAAUUAGCCUAUGUUCUUUCUGCGCUUGUAGCCGAAAAACGUAAUCAGCGGCACAUUCACGUCUGAAAGUUGCAUUGCCUGAGAUUAUGGAGAGUUACCGUGAUUGUA